AUGCCAGGAUAUUUGCUGACAACCAUCGUCAAAGAGGUGCUCGAUUUUCUUGGAACGAGUCUUGUCUCGUCAGAUGGCGAGGACUGGGUUCGCCAUCGCAAAGCCACGGUCUCUACGCUGAGCGACAGGAACAAUCGACGUGUCUGGACCGAAACCGUCAGGCAGACGCAGCAGAUGAUCCAGCACUAUUUCUCAGUCUCGAGCGGUCGCAUCAUUGACCCCGUAGAGGACGUUCGAGAGGUGUAUCUCCACGUUUUCACAGGUGUUUGCUUCGGUGUCAAGUACGACUUCCGCCAAGCCGCAGAAAAAUACAUACCAGAAGGUCAUUCACGCAGCUACAAGGACUGUCUUCACACCAGUCUCAAGGACUUGCUCAUUCUCCGGCUGGUGCCAAAGUGGAUCUUGGAUCUGCCCGUCUUGCCACACAGGAUUAGCAACUUUCGCGAUUCCGCGCGUGAAAUGCGCCAAUAUCUCGACGAGAUGAUUGCUUCUAGUAAAGAGGAGCUCGAAGAAAAGGGUACAAGAAGACGGACUCAGACGGAUAAUCUUCUAAGCUUCAUGGUUAAGAGUAAUGGCGAGAUUGAGGCCGAGAACGCGAGUUCCGAGCUCUUCCAAAAGAGCAAGAGUGGCUGGCAGCAGAGAUCACGUCAGUCCUUGGCCAAAAGACAGAUUGGCAAUCUGAAGAAUCAUUCAUGGAAAUGUUCCCUCGCUUGA